AAGAGCAGGAAAAACCAACACAGGCAUAUGACUCUCAAGGAACAUUUAAACUGUGGAAGAAUACUAAGACGACCGAGGACAGCUUUCACACAAGGAACACUUAUCUAAUGGACUGUGGACACCAGUACAGGUAGUUGUAUUUCACCUUCUCCUGCCAGCUGCAAAUAGUUGGAUUAACAAGUUGAAAAUGGAAGUACAUGACUUAGGAAAAUGUUUUCAUUAAACCUACCAGCCUGGUCUAAAGAUGGAUUAUAACACCCAUAAUAACCUCAGUAUACUGGAUGGCACUGAAAUCUACAUGAACUGCAGCAAGAGUGAUGAUUUCAAAUACCCUCUGUACAGCUCGGUUUUCAGCCUGGUGUUUGUAGUUGGACUUCUUUUCAACAUGGUGGCUGUAUACAUUUUUAGCUGUACAUUAAAGCAGCGGAACGAGACCAUAACAUACAUGAUCAAUCUUAUGGUUUCAGACUGUCUCUUCGUACUCAGCUUGCCUUUUCGGAUUGUUUACUUCAUUAAACGUGACUGGCUGUUUGGAAGUGUACUCUGUAAGAUCUCUGUGGCGCUGUUCUACACCAACAUGUACAGCAGCAUCCUCUUCCUCACCUGCAUCAGCGUUGACCGUUUCCUGGCCAUUGUGUACCCAUUCCACUCCCAGAUAAUUCGCACAAAGAGGAGUGCCAAACUGGCCUGCUGCGCUGUGUGGGUCAUGGUUCUUUCUGGAAGUAUACCCACUGGGUUUCUCUUGGACACCACUUCACCCAACUCCUCCUCAAACUACUGCUUUGAAAAUUACUCCAAAAAACAGUGGAAGUCUGAGCUGUCCAAGGUGGUGGUGUUUAUCGAGACCGUGGGCUUCAUCAUCCCGUUGAUGCUCAACGUCUUCUGCUCGGUUAUGGUGCUACGGACACUGAGGAAACCCCAAGCCAUAAGCCGCGGAGGAAAGAUCAACAAGGCAAAAAUCUUGAGGAUGAUCAUCGUGCACCUUUUCACCUUCUGCUUCUGUUUCAUACCCUACAAUGUCAAUCUCAUCUUCUACGCUCUGGUCCGCUCCAAUGUCCUGACGGGAUGCUACACAGAAUAUGUGGUCAGAACCAUCUAUCCCAUUGCCCUGUGCAUUGCAGUGACCAACUGCUGCUUCGAUCCGGUCAUUUACUACUUCACUUCAGAGACCAUUCAGAGCUCAAUCAAACACAAGUCCACAAUAUGGCAAAAUGGCUCUAAGCUAUUUGACAGACUGCAGACAGACAGCAUACAAAGCAGUCCAAGUACAAUACCAAAAAGCCUGACAUUGAUGACUCUGAAGUCCAAGGUGUUUGAGACCUCAGUCUGAUGACAACGUUUGAGAUAAUAAACUGCACUGCAGCAUAAAUACCAGGGUGACAACUCACAAAACAAGUUAGAAAACUCUUCUAGUAGGGAAUGAGUGAAAACCUUAUAUUGUACAUUAGUGGAAAUGACAGGUGUAUAAAAUCACAGUCUUGUGCACCGUGCUGCAAAUAAGUAUUAGCUUUUGCACAUAAACUGCAAUUGUAAUUUCCCUUUGGGGAAAAUUCUGCUUUGGCUCUUUUUAUGUACUUUACUGUGCAAUGUCCAAGUACUUGUGGCCUCACUAAUGCUUUUAGGCUACCAAAUGCUACCAAGUCAUUUUUCCAUGGACUCAGCAGUUAUGCACAUUCUGACAACACAGUUACAAGUACUGUGCUAGGCAAACCUCAUGAAUGCACAAUGACGCAAUACAAUCUACAGGUGUGGUCAACAAUUGCCACCUGAACUGAAUCACCCAACUGUGCCUUUGGCCUUCUUGUAUCUAGACAAAUAGUCAUUUCUGUAGCACACAACUGGAGGGUGGAAACCAAAGUGAAAGUGAGGUACAACACAAAGAAUUUUCAGUUUGUAGAUCCAAGGUAAAAAUUUCUCAUGUUGUACCUCACCUCCAAUUUAGUUUCCACGCUCUAGUUAGGGAGGGUAAAUACAUAACUUGAAACUAUGCCAAAAGGAAUCUGCCCUAACAUACUUCUGCAUAUACAACACAUCUGAAGUGUGAAAACUAAAUUCAAGGUGAGGUAUAACAUGAGGAAGUUUCACUCAACACAUUUUCACAGAAAUUGCUAAGAAAACACUGACCAUCCAAGUCAAACCAACUAUAAAAGAAAAGUUCGGUGCAAAUGGGAUAUGGUGCAACUUGAAUAUGUGUUUCUUCUUGCAAAAGCACUAAUGCAGUCAUGUUGAGAGGCUUUGCCUGGGGGCCUGCACUCCAACGGUAGUCUCAUCUCCACCUACUGCACUGGUGAGGGAGGUUGUGAAAUCUAAGCAGACGAGCGACAACAUGCCUCAAAGCAGAGUAACACUUAGAAAAUACAGCACCGUGGUGGUCGCACCAGCUGUGAAGCAUAUCAGGUGAAUAAUACAAAAAACUGACGUACAAGUGUCAUCCAUGAGACAAAACAAUUUACAUUUCUUAUUUUGCCAUGUUUGGACACCUUACAGCUUAUAAUACUAUAUGUAAUACAAAUAAACUGCAGGUUUACAUUUACAAUUCAGACGCACUUUCUCCUCCAAGCACAAAUAAAGUAUGUAUCCUGGAUUAAUGGCUUCAUGCAGAACA